UUUUUUAAGGAGAGAAACCAUUAAUAUUUAAGAACUAGAUCAUGGUUACAUGAUUAAGUGACAUCUAACUUGAUGAUAACAUUGAAUUUAUUCAUCGAAACAAUCUGAAGUUAUUAUAUACACUUUCAAUAUCAACUACAUACCAACACGGAACGACGAGGCUUUACCCAGUCACCAUUUAUAAUCAACUCCUCACGAACAAACCACACAAAUCAACCUCCAAUAUGUCUGGAAAAGCACCCAGCGAAGGAACCAAAGUCACAGCGGGCCACAACGCCCCCACCACCCACGAGAGCGCCGGCCUCGUGGCCUCAGACUCUCUAGCCGCCGAGUCGCAGUCCUUCCGCCAAUCCAACCAAGCCACGCCGCAGCACCUGUCCCGCGACAAUCUCACAUCCGCCCCUCAGGCUCACUCGGGUGGAAUCCACCAGCACUCCUCCACAACCAAGUCCGGCCAGGGCGACCACAACGCGCCGUCGUACGUGCAGACGCAGCUCGCCAAGGACACGUCGGGCCCGCACGGCAAGAACAUCACGGAGGACGAGAGCAUAGGCACGCAGGAUAAGAUGAAGAACGCGAGUUUCUCGCAGUUCGGGACGAAGGGGGACCCGGGGAGGGCGGCGGAGAAGACGUUCACGAAGUUUCAGGCGGCCAAUACGGGCGCGACGGGAGGGGGUGGGAGGGAGAAGGAGGAGGAGGUUGGGGAGAGGCAUCCGUAUAGUGCGUUGGGGGGAGAUACUGAGGCAUGAGGUAUUGCAGGCACUUGGCAUAGGUACCUACCUAGGUUAGGUAGAUGAUGUAUGGAGUUAUAUGACUCAGGUAGUCGCGGCUUCAUAGUCACUGAAUAAGCAACGGAUG